AUGGCUGCUGUGCAAGCUAAUUUGACAUCAGUUUUUGGAAAUAAUGGGAAUAAUUCUGCUCCCUUGAAGUUUCAUGACAGUUCAUUUUUCCCUGGGAUUGAUGUGACUGUGCAUAUUGCCGGCGUACGGAGAAUGGGCAUAUGGUCCACUUCUUUUUUAGGCCCCAAAGCUACAUUAACCUCUGGAAGACUCCCCAAGUUGCGGAAGGAGUUGAUUGACAGGAGGGAGAAGUUGGGUGGUCCGAGGUAUACGCAGAUGUUCUAUGCUAAGCAGGGAACUAUAACUGAAGAAAUGGCAUAUUGUGCCACUCGGGAGAAACUUGAACCAGAAUUUAUGAGAUCAGAAGUUGCUCGUGGUCGUGCAAUUAUUCCGUCUAACAAGAAGCAUACAUAG